AAUUUCAGAUUUAAAUAGCUGCAAUCAUGAAAUUUACUAUUUUAAAUUCCUAUGACCAUGAAAUUGACCAAAAUGGACCACAAAUUUGGUUGGACCCUAACUAUAGGUGGCCACUCUUGGGAUGAACCUGGAAACACUGAUGGCAGAUUUUGUAGAAUCAGAGAAUCUCAGGACUGGGGGCCCUUGAGAGGUCACCUCAUCCAGCCCCUGCACACAAUGUCCCUUUCCGGGGCAACCCGGCUGAUGGACUAUAAAAUGAAAAGUUUUAAACAUUCUUUAAAAUGUAACGAUGGAGGAAAGUUACAACUCCCAAGCCCCAGCAAUAAUGCACAGAAAUUAGCUCCAAGGAACUAUGGGAUUUCUUGGAAAUUUUCUUCCCCUUUCCAAAGCUGCCCCCCACCCCUCCACUGUGGCCAUUUUAAAAUGUCUGCUCACCACCGGCUGCUUUUGUGGUGAAGGGGCAGUGUCUGGCGUGUGACAGAAAUCCUGAAACACACAUGCACGCCUGUAUUGGGGCAAGCUUUGAAUUGGGCAUGAAAGAGUUAUUUGGGCAUGAAAGGGUUAUAGACUGCUUUCCAUGGCGUUUGCGCUGGGGACUGCCAUCAGUGAAACAGAGACAGGCUGCAGGUAAGGAGGCUGCGGGUUUUUCUCCUCUUUCAGCCUUAGCCUCGGGUCGGUGGGGGGGCUGCAAACAGCUUGCCUGGCAGUUGUACAGAUUUGGUUCUGGGAGGUGUAGGGGCCUCUACAUCUGGGCUGUGCAAACGGAGGAAAUAUCUGGUUGCACUGAGAGGCCCUGCUCCAGGGGCAGAGCGUUAGCAUGCAGCAUUGUGCAGCUACGCAGAGCAGGGCUCCUCCAUUUUAUUUCCCCCCAGAGAAGCUUUUCAUAUUUAGCUCGUUUUCCUGUCCACGAUCCCCACGGGGAGGUUGGCUCCUGCCCCUGCUCUUCCCCCUCUGAUCUCUGGGGAGGAGUGCCAGUGAAAUGGAUGGAAAGCGAGACAAAUGGAGUUGAGGAAGAGUCCCUGUAGCUGCUUUGUUCCUGAUGAGGCUGGGCCCUGCAGAGAGAGUGAGCGGGGUUCUAAUUGCAGGUGGGCUAAAGAGUUCAAUCAGCACAGCAGCCGUCACAUGUUGUAGUUAUAAGCAACCCCUAAAGAUACUAACCAUAGUGUAUAGGUUGAUAGAGUCCAAGGCCAGAAGGGACCAUUGUGAUCAUCUAAGUCUGACCCCUGUAUAGCCAGAGAACUGCCCCAAAGUAAUUCCUAGAGCAGAGUUUUAGAAGAACAUCCUACGCCCCCAGGCUCCUCCGUCUAUGCCAGCAAUGGCUCCGUCUGCAAGGCCUGACUUUCUCGGGGGGAGGGCCCGACUCAGCCGAUCCCCCUGCUAGCUGCUGUCCUGCUGCAGCUGGCUUAUUUGUGAAGUUGCAAGUGUAGAUUUUGUCCACAAGGGGGGAAGCUUAGGGGAGGAGUGGUCUCUGUGCUCUCGGGCAGCAUAGUGCACGUAGACCGCAGUGAGCAUCAGGCGCUCUCCUUGGCCUGUGCAGUUAGGGUGGCCAGGUAGCAAGUAUGAACAAUCAGGACAGGGGGCGGGGGGUAAUAGGCACCUAAGACAAAGCCCCAAAUAUAUGGACUGUGCCCUGCUCCCCUCAGCUGGUGCAGUCAGCACAGAGAUUUCUCCCCCUCCAGCCGGGGCAGUGGGUUGUUUCCGUCUGUUUUAACCGCUCCAGAGAAAGGAGGCUUGAGAAAGGCGGGUGAGGAAAGGCGCAAGGCAAGGGAGGGUGGAAGAGCUUGAGGGACCAGAGCCCAGCGGGAGAGCUAAGGGGAAGGGAUGACUGUGGGGAAGAGAAGCGGCAGGAUGAACCAGAAAGCAGGGAGACGGAUACGGGCGAGACAAAGGAUGAGAAGAGAUGCUGCCUUGCAGAGGCUGAGAGAAAGGCCAGCAGUGGGAGGAGAUGGACUCACAAGGGGGAAACAGACCAGCUUAGGAACAGAAAAAGGAGCGAGAAAGAUGGGAAGGGAAGAAAGCAAAGCCGUCCCAUCUAGGCUGGGGAAUUGUGUUUAAUUUCUUGAUGCUCCGGGAGUUGAGCAGAGGCCUCUCUGGCCAUACUAUUGAGAUCUGGACACAGAAUUGUUACCCUGCCCGCCCCAGCCAUUCUCUCUGUUAUUUUCCCCAGCAGUUUAACUACCAAAUCCAGAUUGGCCCGAUACUGAUGUACAACCCUGCAUGGAAUUUAGCUCUUCAGUCUGAAUGUGCAAAUCUUCCUCCUGAUGCUAAGCCUCCCUCUGGCCUCUCAUGGGAUAUGCCUGUGCUACUCACGCCCCAUCUCCUUUGUAUCUGCCUCCACUAGAGCAGCAGCUGCUCUGGGAAGGAAGGGCCAGAGCAGCAUGAAGCCUGUGGCAGUCCCAGCAGGAGGCCUGGACUCCCCACCAGCUGCUGAAUCUGGGAGGAAACAUCUGCAUCCUGUGGGAUGGGGAAUAGCUGGUGGGGACUCUGCUCAGACUCCAGUCACAUUUGAUGACGUCGCUGUCUAUUUCUCUGCAGAGGAGUGGGAGGAGCUAGCGGCGUGGCAGAAGGAGCUAUACAAGGACGUGAUGAGGGACAACUACGAGGCUGUGAUCUCGCUGGGCUGCGCUGCUGCCAAACCGGAUAUUAUAUCCCAGCUGGAGCGAGGGGAAGAGCCGUGUGUCAGUGCUCACCAGGACUCCAGGGACAGAUGCACCUCCGCAAAUGCAUCAUCUGCUGACACAGCUCUGAAUACAGCCUUCACAUCCUCACCACCCGGGCUUUCUCCUGCACCUCCAUUGUCUGAUCCCUCCUCCCACAAAGUGGACCUCUCUCCAUCCCCUGUGCAUUCGACCAGCCUGUGGAUUUGGGAGGCACACCUAGGGCAUACAGACCAGGGAGAGAACAGCAUGGGCAUUGCCGAAUGCGUAGAGAGGCCCAGCAGUACGUCUCCAUGUGCACUCAGUGGGGCAGUCCAUGGCCAAGUGGAGAGUGAGGAGAAAGCACUGGACAGGGUGUUUUGCUCACCUCCAGCCUUGCCUGGCCUACAUCCACAUUCUGAGCAGAUCUAUGUACCUGGGCAAGUCCAGACAUUUGAAUCUGCUUCUCACACAAAUCGAGGAUCUGAGAAUAACACACCUAUGUUCAGAGCACAGAGAACUGAGCAUCCUGUAACUGAGCAGAAACCUGCCUCUGCGAACAGGCUGGAGAAAGAAUUAGGCAUCAUCAUCCAGGAGAUGCGGACAGCAAGAAUCCACCUGGCUAGCAUAGCUGACUCUCUGCUGGCUUUGUCCUCAGCAUUCCUGCCAGCUCCUGUGGAUGGCACAGGUCCAUAG